CCUUGUGGCGAUUCUCUUGAUCCUGGUGAAGGUAGCAUAAAUUGCCAUACUGGAUGUGAAGGUACCUUAAUAAGUCCGCUGUCAUAUUAUUGCACAGAUAGCAGUGUCGAUGAAAACUGGAAAAUGGGUCAAAAAACGAUGCCUGUCACGCUUAAUUCUUCGACAGACAACAUUUACCGAUUUGGAUACUCAGACUGUUGCCUGGUCUCUCUUGUCGAAGGUGGAAGCAGCUGGUCAGUGAUGGCAACUGCAAACUUAACUGUUCGUUCUGAUACUGGACUUAUUAAUUCUCCACCAAUUUUUGCAAUGCAACCAGUUAUUCGACUGAAGCAAAGCUGUUCUUAUUCAAUCAAAAUUCCAGUUAUAGAUGAAGAUGGCGAUUUUGUAAAGUGUCGAUGGGCAACCAAUUCGUCGGGAGUGAUUGAAUGUGGUCAAGCUUGCAGUGGUCUAAGUAACUCUAUACUGGAUGAGGAAAACUGCACUGUUACUUAUAAUGCGAUGGGAGCACCCGGAUGGUAUGUUGUUGCUCUUCAAAUUGAAGACUUUGCUACUCGGCAAUAUACGAAUCCAUUAAGUAGUUUGCCUUUACAGUUCAUGGUCUACAUUUACUCUUUUUCAACAAGUUGUGACAGUAAACCAGUUAUAGAAACUAAUGUUGCCGAUGGUUCAGUAAUUCAAAUUUAUAUGAAUAUCACUUACCAACAAACAAUCAUAGCAAGCUCAUUGAGUUCAAUAGCAGCAAUAAAUACAGUGUCACCAUUAGGAAUGACAAAGUCCGAAUUGCUGACGUAUGGUGCAUCCAAUAAUAAAUCUUAUAUAGACGUAACAUGGAUUCCAACAGAGACACAAGUUGGCAGUCAUAUAUUCUGCUAUACAGCAUUUGAUGAUAACAGAGAAGCAUCCGACCAAGAAUGCAUCAAACUUAUAGUUUUAAAUGAUUGUUCAUCUAACCCAUGUGAAAAUGGAGCCACGUGUAAUGAUGAAAUCAACGGAUAUAAAUGCACAUGUACUGCUGGAUUCACUAGCACACGCUGUGAGACAGAUAUUGACGAAUGCGCAUCUAACCCAUGUCAUAAUGGAGCUACCUGUAACGACCAAGUCAACGAAUAUAACUGUACUUGUGCUGCUGGGUUCACUAACACGCACUGCGAAACAGGUAAUUAG